AUGAGCAGCACCCGCCAUCCACAGGUUACGCGCCACAACGGCGACAACGGCCUGAACUCUGGCGAGGCCGCCCUCCCCUUCCACCAAGAUCAGCCCCGCCAACAAGCUGCCGCAACAGCCGUCUCGCAGCAAGAUGGCGCCACAACGCUCAUCACCCCAACAGCCACCUCCACCGCCGCCAUCUCAAACACCACCGACACAAACACCGUCGCCCGCGCGCAAACUACCGCAGUGCCCGCCACCCCGCCAAGCGUUAUUGGCAACGACAACGACGAUAUCGAAUCACCCCCACCAACACCGCACAAGCAGGUGUACUGCCAACCGGAGAAGCCACAGACGCGCCAAGCGGCGUCUUCGCGCCAACUCCACCCACACCAGCUCGCCCGUAUCCUGGAGGAACCCUCGGUGUCGACAGAGGCCGAUGGUGAUGCCACGCGCCAUCGCCACACUGUGGCGCACCUCCAAGACGCCGCCGCGUCGCCGCAGCCACAGCGCAGCCGAAUUGCGCGCCAACUCUGCUUCAUGGACUCGUCCGAUGAGGACACCCCUGACAACCACCCGGAUGAUGGCAUGCCCCCGCCGCUCUCGCCAUCCCGUAACACAGCGCCCGCCAACGCCAACCCAGGGUCACAGGCCACGCUUCCUGCCACGUCCAUUGAAGAGCUUGCCGCCAGCACAUCUGCUGUUGAAGACAUCCUCGAAGUUGUGCACCCGCUCCACUUGCCAGAGAUCCUGCGGCUCGUCCUCAACAACCUUGAAGAUGACAUGGCCUCCAUCAUCACUUUUGGACUCGUCUGCCGCAGGUGGUGGGCUGCGUUGAUUGAGUACCGCCCCAUGUGGGAGCGCAUCGUGCCCAAGUACGUGCUGCCCUUCUUUCCACAGUGGAAGGUCUACUUUGGCAACGAGUCUGAUGCGCGCAUCGGCGCCCUGGCCGCGUACCGCCUCCUCGCCGCACACUGCUUCUUCUGCGGCAAGUCCACGCCGUGGUUCAUGGCCAUUGUUGGCGCGCGCGUGUGCCGCUCCUGCUUCCACAAACCAAACGGCCCCGUGGAACUGUGCACUGUCUCCCACGCCAAGGAAGUCUUUGGCAUUGACGAUGACGUGCUGCAGGUGGUGCCGCGCCUCGACUGCUCUGCCGCUGGUCUCGGCGCACCGGGCCAGGAUAAGCUCACCCUCGUCGUCAAGCGCCACGUCCUCAUGCAGACCCCAAACAAGACCGCAGAGCCCUCAAACCCAACGAAAAGGUCACGCAGCGUGAACCACAUUGGGCAGCUGCAGGCCCUCGACAUGCUCAAGCCCUACCAGGCCGUGUCCUACCACUUUGCAAUCCCGUUCAUCAGCGACUUUGUUGGCAUUGGGGAGCACCGUUACACCGUGCACACGGAGGCGGAGCUGCGGCAGGCGCUGGAGAUGCCCGAGUACAAGCGGUUCCCGCACGACGACAUCCGCAAAAUCUUCCUCUUCAACGACAUCCACCUCAAACACACGUGCGACGUGCACAUUCCAACCAUCAUCAUCGGCGUGCCUGACCCCGUGACAAAGGCCCGCCCCCGCCUCACCAUCACGGGCGCCAACGGCAUCCUCGUCUCCCACCGCCACCUGCGCAUUGAGAAUGUGGAGUGUGCGCAGGUCGACGUGCCGCUGGACUCUUACAUGUGUGCGCUGCAGGCCGACGAGUAUGCGACGCUUGUGGUGGAGCGGUGUCGGGUGAUUGCCUCUGGCAGCGCCGUCCGCGGCCUGGACAACUCGCUCGUGCACCUGCGCAACAACCACCUCGUCGGCAUCACCGCCAUGUGCAUCAACAAGGAGUGGAGCGUCAAGCUGUGCGAGCGCAACACGCUGUGCUACUACGGCGAGUGGUCAGUGCAGGUCUGCUCCAACCCGCUUGAGCGGCCAAUGUCAUACCCGUUUGCAGACCUCAACGACAUCACCUUUGACGGCACCCUCCCCGAGCUCAUCUUCUCCACAGUUACAGCACCAGCACCCGCACCCUAA